GAUAGAAGUUGAUUUUGAUGUUCAUGUGAAUGUUUGUAUCAGUCUUAAUGAAGUCUUCGUACAAUUAGGUAUUGGCUCGUCGAAAUUCACACUCACUUAUUAAAUUCAUAAAAAUAUGGAGAAAACACAAAUUCACACAGAAAUGCCAGAGCUUCCCGUCAAGCCCGAUGCACCUCCUUCUUACCAUGAAGCAUAUCCAACAGCACCACCUGCAGAUAUGGCACCAAUGAUGCCUCCGUCUGUUGCAUGUCCUUUUCCUAUGCAACUUCAACCUCAACAAAAACAACAAACCUUCAUACAACAACAACCUGUUGAUAUCGAAAAUUUGCCACCACUUCCAACAUUUGGACCACAACCUUGCCUUGUUACUUGCCCAUAUUGCUUUCAACAGCAGAGAUCUACUGUUCGUAUGGAACCGACAAAGAAAACUCAUCUAAUUGCCGCUCUUAUGUGUCUUGCAGGAGGUAUUUGCUGUGUAUGGAUUCCUUAUCAUUAUGACUCUUUUAAAACUGCCAAUCAUUAUUGCUGGAGAUGUAAUGCACAUUUAGGAUCAUACAAUAAAUAACAAGACUUGUUAAUUUACCAUGCUUUUAACAAGAAAAUCAAAUUUGUAUCACAGAGAAAGUUUGACCUACUUGUUGUUUGGUAGUGAAGACCCUAAGAAAGUAAAGCACUUAUAAACACAGACUUACCAAGGGUAGUCGGUAGGGAACCAGGGGA